AUGAAAGCAGAAAUCCUCUCUAUUUGGAAGUUCUGCGUCGCCUGUCCAUCGUUAGCUUUCAUUUCCUGUUUAUUUCUAUCGCUUUGGACGGAUUGGGAAAGAUCUGUUAACACACAGUGUGUCAAAGAUGGAAAAACUCAUCACCCGUAUAAUUUGCUCCCUUCGAUUUCCAUGAUGAUAUCAGAUCGACAGCCGAUGGAAUUCAUCUGGAGAGCGGCAAUCGGUCUACAUUCUUUUCCUCGAUUAUUUCUUGGAGUUUACUUCCGCCAGAAGCACUUGCAUCUCAUCGGGAAUAAAAGCCGCGUGAAUCUUAUGUAUUUCUUUUACUUCCUCGACAUUUUGGCGCUGAUUGGCCUGACGUAUGUUCAAUCGAACGAGUGGUUUAUUGUCCAUGCGAUUUCUUUCGGCACCUUUCUUUCUGCCUCUCCUUUAUUCAUGAUUACUGCGCUUUCCUGCGUAAACGUUGGCCACGGCGCAUAUCGAUCGCGGAAACGGACAUUUCUGCUCCACUUGAGCUCAACAUUCGUCACCCUUUUCCUCUACCACCACCACAAUUCAACCUGCAACGAUUUCGUUUACACCUUCUUCGCGCUCUUCGAAUACAUCAUCGUCUUUUCAAACAUUUACUUCCACUUUCUGUUCGGCUCCGAAUUCGGCACCAGCACUAUUUCUAUUCAAUCGGGACCCAUGUACACUCCGCUGCCUAGAUAG